AUGAACACUUUUAGGCAGCCUGGCGGAUUCGAACCGUUUCACGCCACCCGAGUGUGGAACGAAAUCGUUCGCGAACUGAAAAUGCGAGUUCCGAGUGUGACCAAUGGCCAGAAGUACAAUAAUGGUCGGCAGAAAAUCUUUCGUGGAACCGACGCCGUGCAGACCCUAAGCACGUACCUGUCGGAAAACCGCGGCGUCCUUGGUAUCAAGGAAGUAAACGAGUCAAAGGUGCUGAAGCUGUGUCAAAUCCUCAUGAACGACCGCAUAAUCGAACCAAUCAGGGGUGGCAGCACGUCGUCAUCGUCGUCGUCAUCGCAGAUGAGACUCGACUUCGAUGCUACCGACUCGGCACUGUAUCGUUUCGGCGAAAGAUGCGACCAUCAGACACGGCCGCUGUUCCUGUCACCGGCGAGUAGUGGCACGCCGCGCUUGCCCAAUAUGUUGGAAAGUCAGCGAAAGUGCAUAACGCCGAACGCAUACGGAGAGACAUCGAAAAUGUACCACAGCAGUCUACGAAGUGCUGAUGGCAGCGAUUCUUUUAAAGGAUUUGAAUUCCCGCAUUCCGAAGGACAUGUCGCGAGCUGCAGCAGUUUGUCAUCGGUUGACAGCUCUUCGAGUGUCCAGCACAGUUGUACAGUAGACACGGUCGAUGAUUUGGAUGCUCACGUGGUUCACGACGUUGCUCUUUUCAAGCUGUUAACGUUGAUCGAAGUGCCUGUGCUAGAUGGCAUCUUGUUCACGAAGGACGAUGCUAAUUUCGGAGCCGUCGAACAUUCCUGGGAUCAUCUUUUCAAUAAAAGCUAUUCAAAGUUGAUCAGUCUCAGCUCGAAGAAGAAAUCCAGCCACAAAUGCUGUCGAGACAUUCCGUCGUCGAUGUUCAACUUCUCUGAUCCCUGGCUGCACUCAGCCGCGUUCUGUCUACAAGAACUGGAAAUAUCGCUGUUGUCCGAAAUUGACCAAAAACCAACGGUCAUCGAACAGCGUUUGCUGAUGUUUCAGAAAGUGGUCGAUCAUUUUAAACGGUUCACCAAAGAUCAGGCCGUUGUACCGGAGCGCUACGACGAAAUAGUCAGACAGAUCAUCGAAAUCCUCGUCACAAAAGACGCCGACAAAGUACUCACCGCCUGCAAACUGUUGCUGUUGCUGUUGACCGCUGACCGCCGACGACGCCUUGCUUCGUUGCUGCGUUUCGCCAACUACGUUGUGAACGACAAAGAGAAUGUGCUGUGUGAUCAGAUGACCAAUAUGGAUUUCAUGUUGACGAAUUUCAAGGACGUCGUGUUUCGCUGUCGAAUUGUCCCCGCUCAACGCCAGCUUCAACUGUUAAAGUUCCUGAUCGUCCAGUGCCAUGAGGUGCUGACGUGUCCUCCGGGAUUUCGCACUGAAGUGAUCUCCCGUCAGACCAGAUCGCCGUCCAAGGAAUUGCCUUUUGGUAAUAAGUCCAGUAAGCAGGCUUUAAUUAACCUUUGACU